GAUUUCGCUGGAGAUUGUAUCAACCAACGACAAACAAUCGACAACCCGACGACAAGAUGGUUUCCGCUAAGAAGCACGUUCCUAUCGUCAAGAAGCGCACCAAGCGUUUCCACAGACAUCAGAGCGAUACCUACAAAUGUGUCGACGCAAGCUGGAGAAAGCCUAAGGGUAUUGAUAACCGUGUCCGAAGACGUUUCAAGGGACAAAUGGUUAUGCCAUCGAUUGGUUUCGGUUCCAACAAGAAGACCCGCCACAUGAUGCCAUCCGGACACAAGGCUUUCCUCGUCAACAACACAUCCGACGUCGAGCUUCUCCUCAUGCACAACAAGACCUUCGCCGCAGAGAUCUCCCACGCCGUUUCAUCGAGAAAGAGAGUUGAGAUUGUUGCACGCGCUAAGGCACUUGGUGUUAAGGUUACCAACGCCAAGGCCAGAGUUACUACUGAGGUUUAAGCGGAUGGUUUUGUUUGGGCAUUUUGCAUUGGGAUGGGAAUGCUUGUUAGCACAAGCAAAGGGCUUUGCAGAAUUAUAGCAAAAGCUCUUUGAUAAAUGAAGAUCCUUAAGCAAAUCUCUGACCAUCACACGAAUCGCUACAUGUGAUGAUUAUUCUCCUACCGGAUCUUCUAUACGCUACCUAUGAUCUCCACGAUGUUCCGAACUCGCCCUCCAAGAAUCCGGAUAUGUGAAGGUUCGGAAAAUAUUUCUAUGGCGUUCGCAGGCGGUCUGUUUACCAAAAGCUGCAUUGGGGAGUGGCCACUCCGAAUUUUAUUCAAGGAAUUUUAGGGGCAACCCAAUUCACAGCGCUUUUGGGAACAUUAUAGACACGAAUUCAAAUGGGGCCUCUCCCUUCACGUUCAAAACCCUACACGUCCAGCAAGUCUCAAAUACCCUGUUGUGCUUCAUUACAUUCUCCCACUGCCUAGCUGUCUCCCUGUAUCAGUCAUCGUCCUGUCAUCUCUGAAAGCAUCGCAACUUAAUUAUGAAUCGAAGUGAAUUCGUGACUAUUCAACUUCGUCCA